UAUUUCUCAUCGUCCAAUUCUAAACAACUGUCCCCCUCUCUCCAUUUAUCUCAUUCCUUGUGUUUAAAGAAUGUACUCCAAUCAAAACAAAUUCUAACUCUAAUUCUCCAACAAUAAAGCAAACUAAACCAAAGCCUUUGAGAUAGAAAAGGCAGGGGACCAAAAACGGUGUUAAUGAAUCAAUGUACAAGUCAGAAAUAAGAAGAAGAUUAAUUGAGGGUUGGCAUACUAAUAUUAGUCAUGCAGACCUCAGAGAUAAUGGAAGAAGAAGAUGUCAGCCCUAAUGUUUCAUUAAAAAGGAAUGGAUCAUUUAUUUGUGUUGCAGCACCAUUGUUGUAUGAUAAGUUACCUGAGGAACCCCUUAAGCUUUCCAUCCUCAAAUUGGAUGGCUCUUCUUUUGAUAUUGAAGUGCCUAGAAAUGGUAACGUGGAAGAUCUCAAACGGGCCGUGAUAGAGGCCUUCAGCCAUUGCAAGAUUUCAUGGUUGCAUGUAUGGGGACAUUUUUGUCUGAGCUAUGGCGGACAGAAGCUACUUUCAGAUGAUGAUUUGAUAGGAACCUACGGGAUCAAGGAUGGAGAUGAGCUUAGUUUUGUGAGACAUGUAGCCAUUGGUCACAAUCCAAAAAUGACGCAAUCAGAAGAAGAGGACCAUCAGUUUGAUCCCAGAGUAUCCAAUGACAUUGAUGAUGAAGAGUUGAAAGGUGAAGAAGAGGAUAAUGAUCACCAAGAUGAUUCAGAGAAUGACGAAGACAACAGUUCUGAGGAUGAGAAUAAUGGGUGUGGUCUUGGCAGCUGCGAACACAGGUUAUUUCAUUUAUUUAGAGGAUUGUUCUCAUACCAGAAACUGGAAAUUUCAGAAAGGAGAAUGGAACAGAAGACGGAGUAAUGCAUGCAUCAAGAUUACCCCAUGGUUACUUAGGGAUCAGAGUUGUAACAAUAAGUAUGACUUUAAAAGAGAGGUGGAAAGCAGAACAAUAGCCAACACUUUUUGCAGUUCUAGGAUAUGAAUCAAGUUGAACAUCUAUUGUAAUCAACUCUGAUCGGAGCUCUAGACUUGUAACUUUGCAAGAACUAAUUCAAUGGGAGAAUCAUUAAAGAAAAUUUGUUAUAGAUGACAAAUAAUAUAUAGGU